UUCAGCUCGUGUCUCCUUUACGUUUCCGUGCGUAAUAGCAGCUUCCUUCUGCAGCAGGCUACUGUGCAACAAGUUUGCAGGAGCUCUACUCAUCUAUCCGUGGCUGUCACCAUAAAGUACGCGAACGCAUCGUUGCAGUCUCUCUCUCAGACACGCACACGCAUACACUCGGAACAGCAGGAGCAGCAGCAGCGUGCCAUCCCUUCCGUGACUCCACACCAGAUGCGGUUUACUCCCGGCGGCGCGCAGUUGAAUGCGGAGGAUCGAGAAAACAAGAGGAGCGUUUAGUGUGUGGAAAGACAUUUAAAGAGAGUGGCGAAAUGGAGAAAGAAGUGAAGCGACACUGUCGCACGACAGCGCUGAACAUCAUCUCGUCUUUAUGUUCAGUGGCGUCCAUCGCGUUCUGCGUCCAUCUGAGCAUCAGCGCGGCAGACAUCAAGAGCCGAGUUGUGGGUUUGGAGAGCGGGACGUCGGAGCGCACCUUCAUCCAGGUCCGUGGACACUCCAUGGAGGAUUUCAAUUCUCUGGUGCAGCAGAGAGUGGACGAGUUGCUUUCUCAGCGCUCUUAUGAGAAUUUCGCCAAGAUCAGGACGGCAAGACAAGCCUCACCUGAGUGUAACUGCCCCCCAGGACCUCCUGGUAAGAGAGGAAGGAGAGGGCGCGACGGAGAACCUGGUCCUCCUGGUCCUCCAGGCCCACAGGGAGAAAAGGGAGAUCAAGGUGACCAGGGACCACGGGGAUUGCCUGGUCUCCCUACGCUGGCUGCUUUGCACAGCAAUCAGAUCCUGACUGUCAAGAUGGUCUUCCCAAAGAUCAAUCAUGGCUUUCUUUCCGCUGACCAGCAGCUCAUAAAGCGUCGGCUCAUUAAGGGAGAUCAAGGCCAGGCAGGACCACCCGGGCCUCCAGGCCCACCUGGCCCUCCAGGACCAAGGGGCCCUCCAGGGGACACUGGAAAGGAUGGGCCCAGAGGUUUGCCAGGUCUACCAGGUGAUCCAGGCCAGCCAGGAGAAAUUGGACUCAUGGGACUUGAGGGGCCUCAAGGGCCAAAGGGUUCACUGGGGCCUCCGGGUAUCCCUGGAACAGACGGACUAAAGGGAGAUGUUGGCAUCCCAGGACAGGACGGAAUCCCAGGGGCCAAGGGUGAAAAGGGAGAACAGGGUGAAAAGGGCGAUAUGGGUGAAGACGGACCGAAAGGUGACAUGGGCGAGAAGGGUGAUGCAGGCUCCUCUGCAGCAGGCAUCAAGGGCGAACCGGGAGAACCUGGACGGAGUGGACAGAAGGGAGAGCCAGGACUUCCAGGGCUGCCUGGACUCCCAGGGAUAAAGGGUGAGCCAGGAUUCCUCGGCCCCCAGGGAGAACCAGGACUUCCAGGACUCCCAGGAACUAAAGGCGAGAAAGGUGACCAUGGACCAGCAGGAAAGGGUGAUCGGGGAGAAAUCGGACCUGCUGGGCCGAAGGGUUCACAAGGGGAAUCUGGUAUGCCUGGACCUAAAGGGUCAAAGGGGGAUACUGGAGAUAAAGGAGAUCUGGGAUCUGUUGGCCCAAGAGGUCCUCCCGGGCAGAAAGGAGACAGAGGAGCCACUGAAAUCAUCGACUACAAUGGAAACAUCGAAGAAGCUCUGCAGAGGAUUACCACUAUUACAGUCACGGGUCCUCCUGGGCCACCCGGACCAAUAGGACCACCAGGCUUCAAGGGAGAUCGCGGUCUGCCUGGUCUUCCUGGACUCGAUGGGGAGAGAGGCUAUAAAGGUUCCAAGGGAGACAUGGGAAUGCCCGGAGCGUCAGGGGAGAAAGGAAGCACUGGUUUACCUGGCUUACCUGGAAUUAACGGAGCAAAAGGAGACAAAGGAGAUCCAGGACUUCCAGGUCCGCAAGGUCCAUCUAUAACUGGCCCUCCAGGGCCACCAGGACCCCACGGGCCCUCAGGACCCAUGGGACCCCAUGGCUUCCCGGGGCCUAAGGGAGAACCCGGUUUGCACGGACUAAAGGGCAUGAGAGGGGAACCGGGACACAAAGGAGAUCGUGGACAUAUGGGUCUCCCUGGAGCCUCCGGCUUGGACGGCAAGCCCGGAAUUAGGGGCACAGACGGGCCUCCUGGUCCAGCUGGUCCAGCCGGGCCGAAGGGUGACAUUGGUGAGAAAGGUGCACCAGGUGAGCCAGGACCUCGAGGACCUUAUGGACUACCUGGAGCCGCCGGAACGCCAGGUUUGGAUGGGUUACCUGGAUUAAAAGGAGAUAAAGGCGACGAUGGGGGAAGAGGAGAAAAGGGGGAGAAGGGAAAGAAGGGCAAAAAAGGGCCUAAGGGCGAGAAAGGAGAACAGGGUGCCCCAGGAUUAGAUGCACCCUGCCCAUUGGGUCCGGAUGGAUUACCAAUGCCUGGUUGCUGGCAGAAGGGAGUCACACCAUGGCUUGUAGCCUGAGUACCCUCCUUCCCCUUCUGAGAGUAAAGGUGUCAGUACAUUUUUUUUUCUUUUGCUUUAUUUGUGGCGAAGCCUGCCGAGCGAACAGUCUCGUCAGGCUUUUGCUGUUGCACUCAUGGGGCUCGACAUCGCCAGUGCGGCGCGUCCUCAGGGUCGCGUAUCUCUGGACAAGAGUCUCGGCAAGAGUCUCUGCACUGGCAGGAAAACCAAUCAGUCUCGCGCAGUUUGGAUUGGAGCCUGGUCAGGCGUGCUUGGUGAGCAAGGGAAUGGAAAUGGAUUCUGCAGGAGAGUCGCUCAUCGUCCUCUCUGUCAGAUGAAACGGGAGACGCUUCGAGAUCUUCUGAGAACGUUGAUAGAAUGCGGUUGUGAUGUUUUUCUUUAUUCAUUUUUUAUUAUUUUACUCUUUUCUUUUUCUUUUCUUUUUUUUACACAUUAUUUGUAUUUUCUGUAAUAUAGCCUUUGGUGCCUCAAGCUUUUAUUCAUUCCUUUAUCAAAAGAGUUUAUACUUUAUUUUAAACCAUUUAAGUGGAGUGUAUUUCAAAAUGGAGGAGACAUUUUGUUUGGUAAGGACUGAAAAGACGUUGCGCACUGUUUUUGUUUUGAUCUGUUUCGUCUUUAAGAAUAACUCCGUCUGGUUACCAGUGAGUUGGCAUUGAUUUCAACCAUGUAUCCACUAAAGCUGCGUAGUGUUUGCAUAAAACAUUGCGGCAGUGAAUGGAAGUAGCUGAAAGUCUUACUUUUAGCUACUUCCCUGGAAUAACUCACACAUGUUAUUCCAGGGACAUCUCCUCUCACACAACUCAAAUUCUCCACGUUAAUAAUUCACUCUUGGUAUUGAAAACUCGCUUGCAAAUAUGCUGAAGUUGUAAGAGAUCUCGUGUACAGUGUGGUCAAGUUUUCUGCAUGAACACUGUUUAGAAAAUGUAGAUUUAAAAAGAAAACUGUCAUUUUUGAUGGAGUGUAUCCAAAGGCUAUUUAAAUCCAUUUAAGGUCUAAAGUAGAAAAGGUUAUUGUCAACAUAAUAGUCUAUAGCAAGCUUCUUUACAGCUAUACAUUUCUAUAUUGUCUUACAUACGGUGACAAUAUGUAUAUUGAAGUACAGGACAUUAAUCAUCUUCCACCAACACCAGUCUGGCCAGUUAUAUCACAUUCCUCAUCACAUGGAGCAAACAGAAUUUAGGAUUAAUAUUUAUUUUAUCACACAAGUCCAUUUACCUUUUCAUAUUUCCAGCAUUACAAUUAGUUAUUUUGACAAUGUAGGUACUAUGCAAGGUAAGUUUUUUGUUUGUUUUUGUUUUGUUUUUUUAUGUAUAGUGCAUUUCAGAAGUAUUAAAAGCCCUUCUUGUAUUAUUACAUUUUGAGUUGUAACAGCUAAAAUCUUUAAUAAAUUUCAUUGGGGUUUGUUGUAAUUGAUCAGAGCAAAGUAGUGCAUAAUUGUGAAGUGGAACUUAAAUGGUUUUCAUCGGGGUUCUUCUUUUCUUGGAGAUAAAAGUUUGAAAAGUGUGGUUUGCACAUGUAUUUGGGAUCCUAAUUGAAUUUUUUGUUGAGCAACCCUUCUUCAAACAUAGUGACAUCUAGAAUAGAGCUGCACAAUAUUUAAAAAAUCUAGCAUAUCAUUUGUGUGCUGUGUGAACAUCUGCUCUUGUCCAACUAGUUAGCGAGUAAAACACAACUUCAUAACUUCCUUUGGAACAUAUUAGCCAACAAUUAUUCCACUCCAAACAUAUUUCUAAUAUGAGUAUUACACACUGAUCUAGUGAUGACAAUAUGUUUGAUUGAUUGAUUUGUGAUAUAUUGUGCAGCCUUAAGCGAUAGUCGAUUGUUCUUUUCAGAAUAGCAUAGAGGUCAAAUUAACAGAUUACCUAUCAGAGCAAAACUAGCGAAAUACAUGCACACUUCAAAGUAUUGAUUUGGAAAAGUAAAUGUAGAAUACUAUGCGUCACGUAUCCACCUAAAAGUUAGGCACUGCUUUGUGUUGAUUUAUCACAAGAUGCGUUUCAUCCCAAAAAUAUUGACAUUUGUAAUUGUAACGUGAGAUGUGAACGAGUUCCAGGGGUGUAAUAAACAUUUGCGAGGCACUGUACAGUCAGAUCUUAACCAUUUACUGUAGGAGCAGAUGUGGUACUGGCAGGUCGAUCAGUGAGGAUGUUUCUGUUUAACUGUUCAUCUCAUCAUGAUAAAGAGUGGAUGCACAUCUGUACAAACCAUUUCUUUUUAAUCAUACCAGCAGCUACAGCUAAAAGAAGAAGAAAAAGCAGAUUUCUUUACAGCUGUUGGGGGUUUAUGUUUGUCUAAAAUAGGAGGGUUUUUUUUAAAACAUUUAUUUGUGUAUUUGUUUCAGUAUUCUAAGUGGUGCAUUAUUUAUUUUUCUACAGUUUUCUUUUUGUAAAUGAAGGCAUUUUGUUGGGUUCUGAGCAGCAUUCCUUUUUAGUUUCUGAUGCCAGUGUUUGUGUUGAUAUGACAGAACUUUAAGCUCAUAAUGAGGCAUCAUAAAACAAAUCUGCAAAUGUAACAUUGGUAGAAAUUGAGAGGGCAUUUGCAUGUUAUUGUAAUGUGUACUUAAUGUGCAUUUACUUCAAUUUGUCGGCCUUACAUCACACGAGUACAUCUGCUUUGUCUAACUUUGCGUGUCAACUAUUACGACACACCAAUUAUAAAUUCAUGACGGCCUUUUCUCACACUUCUUUUUUUCUGUUUUUCUUUGUCUCUUUACAUUGAAUGUAGUUUGAUAUAUAUGUAUAGUGGAAUAUUAAUGUACUGUUGAGAUGUGCUCAUUUGAUAUAAAGUGCAAUUUAUACCUUGGUUCAUGCGUGUAGCAUCAAAUGCUGCUUAACUAUCACACUACAGUGGUUUUCUUUAGCUUCAUUUGUUCAGCUGUGCGACCCUGUAUACCACUACCUGGAGACAUGGAGGAAUAUGUAAACACAGACUUUUAAUUAAAUCUUAAUUUACAGGAUUUUUGUUUCAAUCUCUUUUUUCAGUCGAUAUUUGUGUCAAUAUUUAAUAGUUUGUUUCGGUAAUUAUUUUUUGUCUUGUUUUGAUUACCAGCCUUUGUUUUUAUUACAGCCUUUGUUCUCAUAAGGUGCUGUAACUUUAGAAUGUGCAGCUAUUUUUUUUUAUUAUUUUAUUAAACAUUGUUUGUUUGAGUUUGGUGUUUAAAGUUUCACAUUUAGUUGACUAAGCUAGACAUAAGUGCCAAAAUAUAUUAGCUAUUGACUUCCUAUUGAGCUGCACAAUUGAUGCUUUGAAUCUAUAAUGCUGUGCUGCACAAACGCCUCUUGCUUAAGGUUCCUCUGAGGCAGACUUUUUCAACUCUGGUCCUCAGGUACACUGCUCUGCAUGCGUUAAAUAUUUUAUUGCUUUAAUAAAUAUAACAGACGAUUGUAGUUCUUUAAAAAUAAACAAAAACUGUUAAUCAACCAUCAACUGAAAUCAUGUGUCAAAGCAGGGAAACAUCUGAACCAUGCAGGGCAGUGUACCUUGAUAGCCAGUAUUGAAGAAGCACUGUACGAAAAGUUAGGACAGCAUUUCUAACCCUGACCGGCAUGUGAACUGAUCAAAAAUUUGUCCUUUUGAUACUUUUUGUUUGUUUGUUUAUUACCAAAAAACUUUAUUUUCUUUUAUAGUUUGGAGCAGAUUUAUUUUAAGUUUUCCAAGGUGUCUUUUUUUUUCUUAGUUUGGCCCCUAGAAACAGUCAAAAAUAUAAAUAAGUGAUGUUGGGUAUAUUUACCACAUUUGGACUUUGGUAAAUUGACUUUGUCUUGGUUGUGGAGGAAAACUUUCAGCUGGAUGGUUGUCAUCCACACAACCUUCUUGUGGCAAAAAUAAUUAUAACAUGCAGAAGCGUUGACACGAAUAAAAUCCCACAUUCAAUGAAAAGGCUUGUUUUUCUUUUCUAAAACAAAAUUAAAAUAAAUAUUUUUUAAAGUUUUAAACACAAUAAGAAAAUCAGAAGUGAUCACAUUUGAUCGGUUUGCAUGUGGCUUUUAAGGUCAACUGAAAGAUGAGCUAAAACAGUUCAGACAUUUUGUCUACCAGUAUGUAUUUGGUAUUUUGAAAAAAAAACUGAUUAGACCGAGAGAGCAAUCUUUCAGGGCUUCCACAGAGGACACAGUGAAGUGCAUUAACAUUAUUUUCCACUGAUCCAAACUUUCCAAGUGAAAAAGCAGAUACAAGACAAAAGAGUUGCAUUCACAAUGUUGUUGCUGCUGCGUUGAUGUUUAAGCGCAGGAAUUUUCUUGGAUUAACAAAAAUUCUUGAGCCAAAUUGAAAGCGCAGACUUGUCAUGUAUCUUAAUUCUGGUUUUAUUUGUGUAACUCAAACAAAACGUUUUGAGUUAUUGGACGUUUUUUAUGGUAUGUUUUUCCUUUCAGCCUUUUUUCUUUUAUUGAUGCAACUUUAUCUACGUCACUUGAUCUCACAUUCUGUAUUUCGAGCUGAUAUUUCAUAUGACUUUACUGUUGGAAGAAAAUAAACCAUCUUUUAAAUA